CCUGAAUAAUCGACUAGGCUCGUACGUAUCGAAAGUACCUGACCGCGUCUUCCCGUGUCCAAACGUGCACGUCUCCACCCCCCAGUGCCCCGCCCUAAAAACAAUAUUUUAACCUCAGCCUUUCUUGCCCGCCAUGACAUCGUCGCGGCCCCGCCAGCAACAACAUCAACGGACACCGUCACCACCUCCCGACAAAGAUCAACAGCUGUGGUUCUACCAGUCCGUAAUGCCGCUGCAAUACAACCUUGUCGAGCGCAUCCGCGUCGCGUUCGAAGAGAACCUACCGGAGCAAGGCCUCGAGAUCUUCGACUCAGUGGUCUUCAGCGGCUUCUCUACGCCCGGCGAGCAACCCACGCCCGGGCUGAUGCCGCCGCCGACGUUCCUACGCUUCGUGAUAACGCUGAUGGCGCACCCGUUCCACACCACGCAGCUCCGCAAAGGCAUGCUGCCGUCCAAAGCGCCCAUCGCCGCAUACAUGCUCGUCCACCGCAUCAUCAAGAUCAUCGGCCCCGUCAACGCCUCGCUGGACAAGAUCUGGGUGUUUGACCGCGGCCGCCGCUCCGUCCGUCGCGGGAACCGCGAGAACCGAGAGCUGUCUCCCAGCGCUGAUGACGCUAUCUCCGGCGAACUCGCGAAUGAGGAGAGUCUGUUUUCGCGCGUCGAGGAUGUGUGGGAUGUGGUCGGCUGGGCGUUUACGUGCUCUGUGCUGCACCCCGCCAGGUGGACGUGGUGGGGGAAUGUACUCGAGUGUUUGCUGCUCACGCUGGAGACGGAUUGGGACUAUAGGCGGGAGAAGUACAAGAAUGCGGGGGAGAAGGCGGAGAGGGUUCUUAGGGAGAGCAUUGCUGUCAAGAUGCUGCCCGAGACCCGUGGUACCGGCGGAUAUAGGCGGGUUGUUCGGGCGAUCCUCGCGAAUGGAAGCGCGAAGGCCCAAGAGUUCCAUCCGGUUUGGGAGGACGAACUGUUCGCGCACCGGCCAAAGAAGAAGGGCCAGAGAACUCUCGGCGGGUUCAUGGGUGAGUUCGGUGAUGACGAGGAGACAAAGACGCCAAAGAAAACCGACAAGACCCUGGACGAAAACGACGACCCGCUGGAUGAAGACGACGACAUCGACAUCGACAUGUCCGACGCCCCACCAACACCCAGCACAUACGACUCCUGGGGCGGUGUAACUGCCUUCAGUCUCCGCCAACGCUUCCUGACGCUUCUCUCCGACCUCUCCACGCACGGCCAAUUCAUAGCGACGGAGGACCUCUACCUCGAGUACAAAAAUAACAUCUCGCACCUCCCUCUCUCCUCCUUCUCCCUCUUCUUCAACACCCUAACGCCCGCGGGCCCGGACUACCGCGGGCUCUUCACGCAAUUCAUCCUGGAGCAGCACCUAUCCACGUCGCGGACGCGCCGCGACAGCGCGCUGACGCAGGACCUGCUGGUGCGCCACUACCUGCCGUACCCCGCCAACACCAUGGCGCUGCUGGAUAACGCCAAGGUCGCCGUCGUCCUCGAGGCCCUGAUGCGCCUCAUGCUCAAGUGCGAGUAUAUCGUCUACACCCCCGAGUUGGACGCUGCGGUCGAGGCCGGCAUCGCCGCGAGGGCGAAGAAGGCGAAGACCCCCGCUAGAGGAAAGGUGCCGCCGGAGGAGGUGCUGGCGACGAAGUUGCUCUGGAACGUCGCCGAGGAGAGUUUAAGGAUGAUGGUCAGGAUGGUGAAGGCGAAGGAGGUGAAGGCGUAGGCGUGCUGGGAGGAUUUUUCUAGCUAGCUAUCUGUGUACUUACGGAGUUCGGUUUUGGUUUGGGUUGGGUUGGCUUUUGGUCGUGAGAUUUGCUCGUACUUACUUACUUACUUACUUGGGUAUUGCUUCCCCUUCCCCUUUGUUGCGGUGAAAUGUACAAUACAUGCGGUUCUUCAUCUUGAGUAAUGGAG